UUUUUCCGUCCAGUUCGUAGGCAAUAUGCUUACGAACUUUAUGUAUAUUGCUAGAGCAACACAAAUGUCAAUCUAUGCAGGGAAAGGACAUUUGUGUUGGUCUAGCAAUAUACAUAAAGUUCGUAAGCAGGUUAAAAGAGUCUCGAAUAAAAUGGAACUCGUGCAGAAAGAUUUGGAAAGAGAGUGCAAGGCUUUGAGGGUCCAAGUUUCUGAACUUCAAAGUAAACUGGAUGAUGCCAAUCAAAAUUUGGACGUUGCACGAACAGGUCUUGCAGCUAAAGACAUGGAGCUGAGGGAAAUGAAAGAGAUGAAUAUCUUGUAUCAUGAUUGUAUAGUAUCCACGGCUAGGUUGUUGACCGGCCUUAAGCUACACGCUCAAUUUGAUCAAAAUGAAGCCAAGCUGCCUAUGCUCAAGGAGAGCCAUUAAGCUUAAAAAAUGUUAAAUUUGUUGAUACAGAUGUUAUAUUUUCAACCUCAGGCUCUUCAACUA